UUCUUAACUGAGUUCUCAAUUUCGGCUAAACGCAGUGCGAUCGUUGUUGAAUCAUACCAAUUUUACUUUAUCAUCCUUAUCAGUAAGUUAGUGCAUUUUGUUCGAUAUUCCAUUCAAUUUGCUGUCUUGUGUAUGCGUACGCAACAGGCAUUGAACCCGUUUAAAAGAUGAUCCAGUUCGUGCUGCUGGUUUCCCUCUGCCUGCUGGUGCUGAGUGUGGACCGAGCGGAUGCCUCCGGUUUGGACUUUGGCGAUACGGUAGCACUAAUUCUUGGCCUCGCCAUAGGUACCAUCGGGAUACUGGCCUGCCUGGGACGCUACGCACGCCGGCUGCGCGCCGAACAGUUCUAAUCCGUACCGUCAUCGUUGAUUAAGUUAAGCCAUUUCUCUAGUUAGUAAGUACCUAGUUAUUCGGCCUUAGCACGUAAUGAAUGUGUUUCGAUUAACCAUGAGGCCGCUGGCGAACAGCGCAAGGAUCUACGGAGGGAUCCAACCAUGCCUGGGACAGCAUUUAGCGAGGAUCGAAUCGAGGAGGUGUUUUUCCAUGGAGAGUUCCGUGACCGGGUUGUGGCUUUCGGUUUCGAAUAGCACUCCAGUGGCAUAUUGCCAGCAGAGUCUGGUGGAACUGCAUGACCUUAGCGGUCUUCCAUGGUGGGCGUCCAUAAUCCUUUCGACGGUGCUGUUGCGAACCGUCGUCACAAUGCCACUGGCCAUAUAUCAGAACAAAAUUGUGGCGCGGUUGGAGAAAAUUUCGCUGGAGAUGCCGGAUAUAGUGAAACAACUGAAAAUGGAAACGGCGGUGGCCAUAAAGAAGUUUGAUUGGACCGAGAAGGAGGCCCAAAUUAUGUAUAAUCAUUCGCUUAAGAAACAAUGGAACAACUUGGUUGUUCGGGAAAACUGUCAUCCAGCGAAAACGAUGAUCCUGCUGUGGGGCCAAAUUCCUCUUUGGAUCAUGAUGUCCGUGUCGAUUCGCAACAUGGUCCAAAUGCUGCCCGAUCCGAGUUCCAUCGAUGCCCAAGUCACUUUCACCGAACUGACCCUCGGUGGAUUCGGUUGGAUUCCCAAUCUCACCGUGGUUGAUGAGUCGCUGAUCCUUCCGGUGGCGAUGGGAUUGAUUAAUUUGCUUAUCAUAGAGAUUCAAAGUGCAUCGAGAAAAAGUGAGUCUUCGAAGCUUCAGCGAGUCUUCACCAACAUGUUCCGGGGCCUUAGUAUUCUGAUGAUACCCAUUGCAGCCACUGUACCUUCGUGCCUCUGUCUGUACUGGGUCACUUCGAGUGCCUGCGGAUUGGGUCAGAACCUGCUGAUGAUGUCGCCACGCUUCAAGCGACUAGUUGGAGUUCCACAAGUUCCCUCGGAAAUCGCCCGCCCCUAUCAACACAUUAAGGACAAAUUUUCCACCAGAUUGGGCGCUCUAUUGGCAAAGGUAGGUUUGGGCGCCAAACGAUGAAAACAAAAAAUGUAUUGAAUUGUGUAAAAUAGUAAAAAAAAGUUAUUUUUAUUCACUUGUAAAAAGGUAACAA